UAAGCCUGUGUUUGGGUUGUAAUUGGAUCCCAGUAGCAGCAUUGCCAUGUGUAAUCCAGCAUCAGUAAUAUAUGAAUUCAGAGGAGAGGAGAGACAGAAAGCAAGCAGGGAGGAGAGCAACCAUGAGCAGACAAAAAGCACCAAACCAAGACGCACUCGCAACAGAUGUAGUAGGAGUUAGGAGUACCAGUGUCCAGUGAUCUUUCUCUUUCUCUCUCGCAUCACUUUCCAUACAGGACUACCAAAUUACUCAUCUUGUUAUUGUUCAUCUCCAAUGGCAACUGGUUUUAGUUUUCUUGCUGGUAGUUACUGCUACUAGCCAGCAGUAAUGCUGAUGCUAAUGCAGGAGCAGCUUUGAGCCUUGAGAUGAUGCAGCUGCUAAAGUCCGACACAACCUAACAGGAACAGUUCACAGCUGCAGCCUCGCGGCAGCUUGGAUCCUCCUCUCUACAUUUGCUGCAUGAAUUAAUUAUUUUUUGAAGCCCGCAUGAAUUAAUUAUUGGAGAGGCAGGUCUGUCUCCUCUCCGGCCUCCUCCCUCCCCUUCUCCGUCUCCGGCCUCUGGUCGUGCUGGCUGGGGUGCCCCAUCCCCAAUCACACCUUUCUUUGUCCUCCCAAUCGAUCAUACAUUACCAACUCUCUUUCCUUGAUCACAUCGUCUUCCCCUCCUCCAUACUGCUUGUUUGCCAUGCCCAGCAAACCCCUAACUUCGAUUUGAUCCGUACCGAAGCGACCAGCACCAAUGGAGGGUCAGGGUGGCACGAGGACGCGCCGUCGCGCCGCCACCGCCGCCGCCAGCCCUGGCCGUAACAAGGUCUGGGUCGAGCCACCGGGCAAGAGCCACCACCAGCCUCCGCCGCGCUCGCCGCCCCCGCCCCUUUCCCCGUCAUCCAAGAGGGUCGCGGUGGUCUACUACCUCUGCCGCAACCGCCAUCUGGAGCAUCCACACUUCAUCGAGGUGCCGCUCGCCUCACCGGAGGGACUCUACCUGCGAGAUGUGAUUAACCGCCUCAACGUGCUUCGAGGGAAGGGCAUGGCGGCCAUGUACUCCUGGUCGUGCAAGAGGAGCUACAAGAAUGGCUUCGUGUGGCACGACCUGUCGGAGGACGACCUCGUGCUCCCGGCGCAGGGCAACGAGUACAUCCUCAAGGGCUCCGAGCUCCUCGACCGAUCACCACCAGAUCGGCAGCAGAAUGGCGUUGGCGAGCCCAAGGUUGAGACCCUGAAGCACCUUCCAGAAGAGUCCCCUCAUUCGCGAGGAUCGCAGGAAGGGUGCUCGUCGUCGUCAUCUCCAUCUGCUGUUACAAAAGAGGCCUCCCCACCACCUCCUACACCCCAACCACAGCAGCAGGCACAAUCGGCUACGUUGCUGCCUUCGUCGUCUGCUUCCACCAACCGUGAGGAUGACCAGUGCAGGACUCCCCGUUCUGGCUCAUCUGGAAACCUGUCCCCUGAACCGGCAGGAAGAGUUGCUCCUCCGUUAUCAGAGGCAAGCUCUCCAGGACCUUCAGAGUACAGAGUUUGCAAGCCCAUCGGAGCCCAGGAUGCAUCCACGCAGACCGACGACAGUGAGAGGGACGUUCCUGAGAGGAAUACUCGUAUGACAGGGGUAUGCACAGAGGAUGGUACAUCAGACGCUGAGAUUCAAGAAUGUCAUCAAAGGAGUACACAACCAUCGCCAAAGGGUCCUGGAGUUGUUCGAGAAUCACCACUGGUGUGCUCCUCUGAUGCUUCUCCAGGUGGUAGAGUUGAGACAUUGGAGUCCCUGAUAAGGGCAGAAGCCAGUAGGAGGAGUAGCUUUAGGGCCCUAGAGGAGGAACAUCUCUUUGCCCCAAUGGGUGUAAAGUUCAAGCCUGCCAAUUUGCUCAUGCAGCUGAUCACUUGUGGCUCUAUUUCUGUUAAGGAUCACCGGAGCUUUGGGCUCAUCCCAACAUACAGGCCUCGGUUUACACAAGUUGAGUUCCCUUCUCCAAUGUUCUCUACCCCUAUGGCGUUGCGGCACCUCGACAACGUUCCUUGUAACGCUAGAACAAUUGGAAUGAGAAUUCCAGAAUCAGAAUAUUUCAGUGGAAGCUUGGUCGAGACAAAGAGGCAGGAAGAGUCAGGGAAAGUAGGAACACCAACGCUUAAACGCUCGUCUUCUUACGAUGAGGACAGAGUCUGUAGAGUAUCAGAUUCCAACAGAGACAUGGAAAGUAUGGCUGAGUCAGGCAGUUUCAGGUGUUUGCCACAGACUAUCAAAAUGAUAUCAUGUAAGCAAUCUAGAAGUGGAACAAUAUUGUCUCCCAACUCUGAUGUCAGGAACAGCUCUAGUCGACAAGAGUGUAGUACUAGAUCCUCACCGCUGGGUUCAUCAAAAAGUGCAAGCAAUAGGAUGACUGAUUUAUCACUCGGUAAACUAUCUUCUUCAAGGGUGGAAUCAUUCCAUGAGGAAAAGGAGAAGGUGAUCAAGAUCGAAGAAAGGCUUGCUUCUGGAGCUCGGGUUAUAAUCCAAUCUGCACCCUUUUGUGAAGAGAGUGAUGACAGCACUGAAUCACUGUAAGGGGCUGUGAUUUUGUUUUCCUAUGAACUGUGCUCAUUGUAAUUGGGUGUGUGUCUCAUAGUUCUGGGAGUAGCUUCAAAGUGCAAUUUUAUUCAUUUUGUGACAUGUGUGAUAUUCAGCAAUCAAUUUAUUACACCUUCAUGAAGAAUUCAUUGCCUCAAAUUGUCAGCACUGUCCUUCUCCCCCAUCAAUUUAUCAUUAUUUCUGUGAUGACUUAAGGAAAAAAAAUCUGACUGUGAUAGAUUCUCUUUUUAAUUCCAAGCAAUCAGAAAUAAACAUGUGACAGUAACAGACUUGUAUGGUUACACUCUUCUUUGCUACGCUAUCCUUAACUCAGUGCCGUCCAUCUGUAAAUGCAUCACCAAAUGACUUGAUUUUCUUAGUCUCAAGGAACAAAACCAAUUAGUCUCAGCCAGAUCGGCAAACUCUUGAUACUGUGGACGACAUCUGAAAAUUUACAUUAGCUGCAGAUUGUGAAAUCAACACCAAACUCCGCGUGAUUUGGCAGUGCUUGUGUUCUCCUUAUAUAUUAUGCCUUAGCCUGUUGUCUAGUUGAACUAUCUGGAAUGUAACACAAGCCGUCCGGGUGAAGAUACAUAGGAAGGCAAAGAAUGUUGUUUCAGCACAGCAUCUAGGGUGGCAAAAGCAUUUUGAGGCUCUUCUGGUAGCUUGUUAUCUUCUUUGGUGCAAGUAAGAUAGUUCAUGGUUUUGUCAGGUGGUCAGGCAGAGCAGAUGAAGCAAUAAUUCAGGUUGUUUUGUGUAUGAUACUAUGCUCAGGGUAUAUAUGAUUAGUUGGAGAUAGUCCAGCACCGGAUGUUUGGUGCCAUUGUAUGGAAUGAAGCUAAAACACAACUUUAGUUUGAUUGUGAAGCUAGCUAGCCCUUUGUUUGCUUGUCUUUGGAGCAUGUUGAAUGUCUUCUCUAUUUGUACCAGUUAAGAAACAGGUGGAUCCUGGCCUGAGCCAUCCAUU